AUGCCCACCACCAUCUCCAUCCUCGUCUACGUCGCCUCCCUGCUCGACUACGCGCGCUACCGACAUGCGGCGCUGUACUUAGAGUUUAGAGGAGAUGACGCGGCAGACACGAGUACAAACAAAUAUGCAAACACAACCGAAGUCGGGAUCAGAUCCUCGCUCAUGAAAGUCGUCGGAUCCCCCGGUUUCAUGAGUUUCUCUGAGCGCAUAAACCUGGAUCCACCUCGAAGACCCCGAUCCCCGCCGACGCGGGCGACUCGGACUGGAAUAGCCCAGAACUCGGUGGGUGGUGCGCUUGGCCGGCUGGUUGCGGCGCAGUAUGUUGAUACCGGGAUGGUGGAACGGGGGUUGGAUGCGAUGGUGGAGACGGUGAUAGAGGCAGAGGGAUGA